UGUCCGCAGCGGGGGGUGAUUGGUGUCCGCGCCGCGUCUGUGGAGCCGAGGGGCGGCUGCCGGAACGAUGGCGCUGUGAUUGGCCGCGCCGUUGUUAUGGUGCUCCGGUGCUAUUUGAUACAACGACUGCCCGUGUGGGCGGUGUAAUCUCAUUCAUUGUACUUUGCUUAAAGCAAAGAUCCUAUAGCAGAUCUUUGGCUUAAACGGUGCGAAAUGGCUACAAAGAAAUCAUGUUGCAAUGUUGCAGACCCCAAUCUAUAAAAAAACACCUUUGAGUGCAACAGCACAGAGGAAGAAACCUGGACCCAAACCAGAAAUUACUGAAGAUCAAAAGCAGGAAAUAAGAGAAGCAUUUGAUCUGUUUGACACAGAUGGUACGGGAUCUAUUGAUGUAAAAGAAUUAAAGGUUGCAAUGAGAGCUUUGGGAUUUGAACCCAAGAAAGAAGAAAUAAAGAAGAUGAUUUCAGAAAUUGAUAAGGAAGGCACUGGGAAGAUUGACUUUAAUGAAUUUUUAGCUGUGAUCACACAAAAGAUGGCUGAGAAAGAUACAAAGGAGGAAAUUCUGAAAGCCUUCCGGUUGUUUGAUGAUGAUGAAACUGGACGAAUUUCAUUUAAAAACCUGAAACGUGUGGCAAAGGAACUUGGAGAAAACCUCACCGAUGAAGAGUUACAGGAAAUGAUCGAUGAAGCAGAUCGAGAUGGAGAUGGAGAAGUGAAUGAGCAAGAAUUCCUUCGAAUAAUGAAAAAGACAAGUUUGUACUGAUGUACCAAUCUAUGCAUAUCACGUAUUUUACGUGUAUGCAUGCCACAUGUUUAUAAGCUUUAAAGCAUGCUGAUUGAACAGGGAAAUAGGUAAAGGCAACUAUCCUGACGUAUGUAUGUAUGAAAGACAAUGACUUAAUGAUGGCAAACAAAACAAAGAGAUGGGCUGCUAAUUAAAUGUAAUAGAUGGGGGGGGGGGGAGAAGAUAAAGAGAUUAUGAAAUAGUUGAUUUUUAUGGGGUUUAAAGGUAUUUUAAGAAAAAUUCUACUUUUGAUGCUAUAAUAAACAAGCACCUUAAUGCCGCUACCAAUUUUUGUGAAGCAUCUUUCACGUCCACGAUUGCCUACUUUCGAAGAGACUUUGGCAAUUGUUAAACUUUAUUGAUGUAUAGAUUGAUUGAUUUAACCUUUCUUCUUCUUCUUGGGUAUGGCGUGCACAGCCUAAAGUUGUAGGACAACUUGUUUUAUUUGAUCUUAUUUGAUUGUGCACGCCAGGUUGAUUGCAUUCGUCGAAACAGGGCGGAUCACUAGAUAUCCAGAUUGAGAAUUAUUAAUUUGUACAUUGAAAUAAACAUCAAGAAAUCAGAAGAUACAUCGGAUCAUUUACAAAAGAGAUUGGGCAAUGAUUUAUUAGGAAAAGAUUUGCUGUAUGAAUUUUGCUGACCAGCUUGUUUAAAGAUUAUAGGUCAUAGAUAUUCAAGUAGCUGUGACACAAAUGGAAAUGGAUAAACAUUGUCACUGAGAUUAAAGGUAAUUUUAAUCCCAAAACAGCUAGGUUUUAGUAGUUUAAACAUUUUCAUAAUAAUUUCCUAAACAACUUCAAUUCACCUCAAAGCUUUUUCAAUUUUUGUUAUAAAAUGUGCAAGUUGCUGUGGUCAAAGAUGUAUCAUUUUCAGAAACUAAUUAAGAAUAUUUAUGAUGGGUAAAUCCUCUAGAGUUUUGCUUGAUUAGUUCCUUGGCGAGGAGAUGGUGAAUGGGAAUGCUGGAAGGACCUGUGCUAAAUUAAUUUGUUUACCCCAUUCUGUGGAUGGGGAAAAAUGGCAACAAACUUCCAAGUUAGAAAGCUGUGUGACUUGGAGAACCAGCAUAUAUUUGUCCAAAUUGGAACCAGUUGUAGGUUUAGGAGAUGCUAUAUAAUUAACUUUUGAGAUUUUAUAGAUUGCACACAAAUAGUGCUUAGACUGGUGGAUGUGAUGUCAGUCAAAUCCUACAUAUUGUUGGAGUUGUAUUCAUCCAAGAAACUGGAGAUUAUUGUACCAUAUAAUAAUGCUUUAUUAGCCAAGUAUGUUUUGCAGCAUAUGAGGAAUUUAAUUUGCCAAGUCAGUCAUACAACUAAAAAGCAACAGAACACACAAAAUACAUUUUAACAUCCACCAGUGAUUCCUCCAUAUUCCUCACUGUGAUGGAAGGCAAAAAAAAGUUCAAUCUCUUCCCUUCUUUGUCCUCCCUUGGUCAGGGGCCUAGAGCCUUCCGUUGACAGGACGAUCUUACUCCCAUCACAUUAUCCCCUUGCACCUUGUGGAUAAUGGAAAUAGUUUGGAAUUUUCAUUACUUGACUGACUCACUGCAGGAUACUCAACAUAUCCUUGUAAUGAUUAUUUAUGAGGUUGGUCUAUUUCGGAAUCGUGACUCAGAAUGCUGCUGGUGGGAAAUUAAAUGAUGCUGAUGUCAAGGACGUUGAAUCUCCCUUACUGGAAAUGAUCAAUGCCUGGUGCUUGUGUAGUGCAGGUGUGUCUUGUGGCCAAUGGACUCUCCCUGAAGAUCAUUCAUAAAGCAGAUGAAGGUGGCUGAGCUAAUUACUGAAAGCCUCCAGGGAUUGUUCUGGAGUAAAUAAUUUUGGGAUAAAACAACCACCAACAUUUCCCUUUUGAGGUUGGUACAUGUUCGGACUGUGGAGUAUUUUAUUCUCCCAACACAAAUUUUACCAGGGCUCCAUGAUGUCAUGUUCGGUCAAAUAGUUUGAUAUUUAGGGAAAUCAUGCACAGUGGAAAUCAGUCCUGGAAUUCCACUUUUUUUAAUCUUGUUGGACCAAGACAGCCAUAAGGUGGGAAUCCAAAUACUGUUUGUAAAGGCAGGGAAUAGGACUUUGAAACACCGGGUCAAUUACUUUUGUAAGACAUUCUUGCCAUAGAGGGAGUACAGAGAAGGUUCACCAGACUGAUUCCUGGGAUGUCAGGACUUUCAUAUGAAGAAAGACUGGAUAGACUCGGCUUGUACUCGCUAGAAUUUAGAAGAUUGAGGGGGGAUCUUAUUGAAACGUACAAAAUUCUUAAGGGGUUGGACAGGCUAGAUGCAGGAAGAUUGUUCCCGAUGUUGGGGAAGUCCAGAACAAGGGGUCACAGUUUAAGGAUAAGGAGAAAUCCUUUAGGACCGAGAUGAGAAUUUUUUUUUUCACACAGAGAGUGGUGAAUCUCUGGAAUUCUCUGCCACAGAAAGUAGUUGAGGCCAGUUCAUUGGCUAUAUUUAAGAGGGAGUUAGAUGUGGCCCUUGUGGCUAAAGGGAUCAGGGGGUAUGGAGAGAAGGCAGGCACAGGAUACCAAGUUGGAUGAUCAGCCAUGAUCAUAUUGAAUGGCGGUGCAGGCUCGAAGGGCCGAAUGGCCUACUCCUGCACCUGUUUUCUAUGUUUCUAUGUAUUGUUCAGGCUGUUGUUUGUGACAUAAAACAUUGUUUUUCAGUCAUGGAAAACACCGAAAUGAUUCAAAUGACACUUAAAAAAAGAUGUGAAAUUAUUUUAAGUCAGACCAAAUUAAUGGCAAACUCUAUGCUAUCUCUGUGAUAAUUUAGGUUUUUUACACCCUUACCAUUUUUCGCCUCAGAGGCAUGUCUGGCAUCUUGUCCAGGUGAAUGUGUUGUAUUUAAUGCCAUACCUUUUGGCCUUUCAUCUCAAUCUCUAGUGCCCUUCCAGUAGGCUAUUUGCACCAUCUUCUCCUUUGGGGAUUGCACAGAAGUUUGAUAAGUAGCUGUCGGGAAUAUGUAGAUCCACUAUGUAUUAUGUGAAGGAAAAGACCUGACAAAGUAUGAAAAUGUUAGUCCAAACAGUUCCCUUUUUAUUUGGCAUAGGCAAAAUUAGCCAAAUGGCUCCAAUAUGUAGAGAAUUUCUAUGAUUUACCCAGAUCCUGUAAUAAACCCUCUCUGAUGCCCUAUCCAAUCUUACUAUCGCACAACAUUCAUCCUCACGUUUUUGUUCGCACUCAAUGGACCAACUUGAUCAACCUCUAUGCAUGACAAGCCUCAGGUUGUCCGAGUCCAUCGCCUCUACUCCAAGAUACUAUUUUAUUCUCUUCCCACUACUGUAGCUAGUGUAGUGAUAAUGAAAUCCAUUUAUUCCUGGCUGAACCUGUUGGAACCCUGUGUCACUUCUGGAGAUCAGUUCACUAAGAUUAACUGACACGAACUGGCUCCAGAUUUAAGCCAGUUCCAUGUAGAGAUAAAGAAGUGAGAAUUAUUAAUGUACACAUUAAAUUUAUGUCACAACUCUUCACGUUGGAGUUUCCUUGCAGGAGGCGUCAAAGGCACUAUAGGAAAUAGUGUUUCGGCCCACUUGGCAGUUUCUAUUAGAACAAUUCAGCCUUGUUCCAAAUAAUUCCUCUUUUCCUUGCAAUACUUUGAAACAAUUUAAGACAAGAUUCAAGAACAUGUGCAAAUAUAUAGAUAAUUUUAAGAAAAACUGAUCAUCCAAAAUGAGUUGGGCAGGAAGAGAAUCUCUGCAAUGUGGUAGAUGAGAUGUGAUUGGAUGAUGACAGGAAAUGUGAAAGGAAUCCUAGAUUAGCAAUUUCUGAGAUCAAAGCCUCAAUCUUCACCUUUUUAUAUUUAGUUUUAUUUGCACAGAAUAAAUGAGGAAAUCUGGUUGUUCUAAUUUAUUCAACAUUUUCUUAAUUGCUUGUUUUCUGUGAGGGUGGAUGUGAUCAUUCUAGAUAUUUUCAACAAUGCAAUUGUAAAGAAGCACAGACGUAUCAAAUAGUAGGAAAUUGAAACAGAUUCAUUAUUUGUACCACAGACUCCUAGCUGAUUAUUUGAAACCAAUAAUGAUAUAGUAAAUAAGUUGUUGCAUUUUUUUGUUUAAGAAUCUGCCAAUAAUUUUACAGAACACUAGAGGGCAUUCCUACUGCAGUCUGCGGUCACUGUUGCACAAUGUUAUGCACAGCAAAUCACUUGAACAUACAAAUUUAAGUAGGAACCAACAUUUCCUCUCAAUUUGCUGUUGCAGAAAAUAUAAAAUUUCUGAAGAAUAUAAGGCAAAUUUCAAAAUUAACUGCGCACCGAACCUUUUCUCUACAUUUUUGCAGUGGUCACUCCAUUCCAAAUGGGAUUUGAUUAGCCAGCAUAUACAAGUGCAACACACAACAGUUUGCAUGUAACCUCACCUAGUGUCUAGUUACAAUGUAAAGAGUGAUAAAUAGUGAUGAUAACCCCAAUAUUGUUUUAGUUCUGUUUAAAUUACUUACAAUUUAAAUAACAUUCUCAAUGACAUGACUGCAGUUGACCAUUUGACAAUAACUGUUUGUUUUAAUGGCAGAAAUUUGCGAUCUGAUGUAAAAAAAAAAAGAACAAUCAACUUAAAUCUUUAACUCUACCUAAUUGUAACAAUUUAACAUGCAACAAUACAACACAGAAAUGAGCCCUUUGGCCCACAAUGUGUUGUGUCGAAUAUGAUGCCAACAUAAACUGAUCUAAUUGUUUUAAUUGAUUUAGAAAAUCUGUAUUUUAAGAUAAUUAUUCGACUAUUAAUUAAAUUGACAUAGUGUAAAUUAUUUUGUUGCAGUUCAUGUUGUCUCAAAAGCCUUUAAGGUCAAUAUCAAUUGAAGCUUCUACUAUCAAGUCACCUCUGUGGUUCUGACAAUUGUGUAGCGUCUGUUGUUUAUACUAAGAAACCAUUCCUGCGAGUAUAUCUCACUUGUAUUUAGUUGGAUUCUAUGUCAUCUUGAUUCAGUUGAUAUAACAUUGCUAUGUGGUUGCUUGAGCAUGUAAACAUUCAAUUCAAUACUGUGAUAGUAAUCCUUUUUCUGAGGUACCAUUCAGCAUUAUUCUUAUAUGAUGUUUGCAUGUUAAAAAAUGUUCGAGCCAACAUGAUGGGCUUCAAAAGGGUAAGAUCAAAUUAUCCUUUGGAUUUUUUCAUUUGAACUGUCGAAAUGUAGUUUGAAUUACCUCUGCUGCAUCUUGCAUGAUUAAACAUACUGUAAACAUUUAA